AUGACAACACGUACGCAUGAUGACUUCCUGGGCAUUGACGAUGACGAGGCCGUCGACCGUGGCUACGACUCCGAGGAGAAGGUGGCGGAGAGCAAGGGUCGCGCCGUAAAACGGCGGCGGACGGCAGAUCAAGACUUUUUCGGUCUAGAAUCGGACCACGAGGAGUCUGAUGGCGAAGACGAGGAACAGCUGUCUCGGACAGAUAUUAAAGGCAAGGGCCGCAAAUCUCGGCAAACGGAGUCCGAGGAGGAAGAGAAUGACGACAAACAAACAACCACCAACCUCAUCGUCAAGAAGACCAAGCCUACGAAACCCCUCUCAACCAAAGCACUCAAAGCCUCUGCGAAGAAGAAAAAGCCCGGCAUCAUCUAUCUCGCCUCACUUCCGCCCUACCUCAAACCCGGCGCCCUCAAAGCUAUGCUGGAAGCCAGAGGCUUCGAGCCCAUCACCAAAACCUUCCUCUCCCCGCUCGUCCUGAGCGACUCGCGCAAGCGAGGCAACAAGCGCAAGAUGUUUACCGAUGGAUGGGUCGAGUUUGCCUCGAAACGGACCGCUAAGAUCUGCGCGGAGACUCUCAACGCGACUAUCGUCGGCGGCCGAAAGGGCGGCUGGUACCAUGACGAUAUAUGGAACAUGAAGUACUUGUCUGGUUUUAAAUGGGAUAAUUUGAUGGAACAACAAAGAAGGGAGAGGGCAGAGCGUGAGGCCCGGACUAGAAUGCAGGAUAUACGUGCCCAGAAAGAGGAGAAGAUGUUCUUGGCCGGCGUCGAGGCCGGACGAGUUGCCGAUGGCAUGGCCAGGAAGAGGGAGGAGAAGAGGCAGCGGUUGGAAACGAGCAAAGAUGGGUUAAUGAUGGCGAAGGCACCGCAGGCUUUGAGGCGGAGGUUUGUACAGAAUGAUGUUGUCAAGGCAAAGGAGGAUCAGGGAGCUAUUAAGGAAGAUGCGAAGAGGGUCUUGGGCAAGAUUUUCUAG